AUGAUGAGCACAUAUUCUAAUUUAAUGUCCUUAGUUGAAGACGACCAUGGAUUUUAUUUUAAAGAUUGUGAACUUGACUCUUGCCGAUAUCGCAUUUUCAACUAUCAUCUUCCAACAUGGAGUUCAUUUCAAAAACCAAGUGCACUCGAAUGUCGAGGAAUCAUGUACGAUAUAACAAAUGAUCCACGACUCGUCUGCUUACCACCGCAGAAGUUCUUCAAUUAUGAAGAAGGUGAUCGUAAACAUGCACUUGGACAACUGGGUGAUAAAAUGAUGAAAAUAGAUGGAUCGUUGAUAUCAACAUAUCUUCAUCAAAACAAAGAAUUACGUCUAAAAUCAAAAGCAUCAGUGACGUCAACACAAGCUCACUGUGCAAUGCAAUUAUUAACAGGAAAAUUUAAGGAGGAAGUAACAUGUUUAGGUACGAAAUAUCCAAAAACAGAUGUAACACCUGGAUGUCGAGCAGCGCUUAAAUUUUACAACUGA